UUAAAUCUGAAAUGGCCUGACACCGUCAGACAGCUCCGUGUGUGUCUGCCGUGAAACUCAACCUAUCAAAGUUUCUGACUCACAUUCUCUCCCAGACUGACUGCCGGUGAGAUUUACACAGCCACCUCAGGACAGUGGAGAGCGGCUCCUGUCCUUGUCUCCUCCCUCUGUGCCAUGUUGAAGAGCGGCACGUGGCCGGGCAACGUUGCCGUGGGACCUCUGAGUGACAUGGACAGUUCAGGGAGCUGCGACAGUGUGAUCAGCACCAAUUCUGGCUGUAGCGAUGAUAGUAUGGAACACCUAACUCCAGAGGAGAGAGCAUGUUUGAUGUUUCUGGAGGAAACCAUUGAAGCUUUGGAGGUUGAGGAGGACAGUGGCUUGUCCACCGAUGAACCGGAUCUCGUGACAAAAGCAAAGGAUCAGAUCAGAGUAAAUGGUAUUUCCAGUUUGGUGUCACAGUCUGACAGUCUGGGAAUGCCCACACCUCCCUCCCCCGCAGCUGCAGAUCCUGCACACAUGACAUUCACCCCUCAGGGUGAAACUGAGCAUCACGCUCCGAACCAGAACUCUGAACCACAAUCCGCUCCCAGUUCUCCUCUCCUUGAAUCUGCUCCUGGGUGCACAACCCCCUCAGCAGCAAACCAGACUGAGGCCACAGGUUUAACCCUGAAUGGAGCUUGUGAUCCUGAGAGCGUCACAAGUACCUGGACCUGCUCUGAUGAGGAGACCUCUGAGAUCGACCUGAGUAUAUUCCCGCCCCCCUCGGACUUCAAGGAUGAUCUGGACCCUGACUCACUGCCUGAGGAGUUGAAUGAUGUCCCUGCACCACCAGAGUUCUCCACAGAGCCUGAACCGCAUGUUGAACCAGUGCAGCUAAACUCAACGGACUCUGUAGAUAAGAUUUCAGAGACCUCCUCACUGACUGAGGAUCCUCCACCCAGUCUUCCAGCAAAUGCUUCUGGUUCUUUAUCAAAUCCCCCUCCUGAGUUCACUCCACCGAGAAGUCCACCUCCCGUGGCCCCGAAGCCCAAAAAGCUUCCUGGCAACAUUGUUUUGCCGUCACAAAAGGCGGCAGCGGGUAGUUCUGAUGGAAGCGUGCGGCCCCUACCCACCAGCAGCGACAGGUUGAUGGAGGACCACCGGAAGGUCCACACGGAGGCUCUGCGGAAGCUGGGACUGCUCAAAGAAAAGCAGGAAGAGACAAGCCUUGUAAGGAACCCUAAUGGCUCAAAAUACCGGCGGUCGUGGAACGGUCCUUCUCCACCCCUGACACCGUCCUACACCCACCUCAGCAGCCCCCUUCAGACCUCACCCUCUCCUCAGUUUGUACCGUCUGCUGCUGCUUUACCAGCUCCCCCUCCUCCUCCUCCUCCUCCCACACAGGACCCUGUUGUUCUGCCUGUUCCCACAGCGUUCUGCGAUUCCAUCCGACCUCUGCCUUCACUCAACAAACUGCCUGCUGGUGCAGAUGUUCCAGAUGCUGCAGCUAGCAUCCCUGCUCCUGCUUCAGUCCAACAGCUAACCUCCCCAAAGGUCACAGAUAAGAAAUCCGCAGCCCCGCAGCCCCCCGCUGUGGGUCUAAGCUUUCAUCUGACCGGUCCGAACCCCGACAGGGCCAACCAGAGGGCCAUCGGAGAGCAGAGCCCACAGCCGCCGCUCAGCAGUCGGCCCCGGCCCGCCUCCCCCGGGAGCAGGAGAGAUGUUCCAUCUGCCAAGGGAGAGGAUGUGCAGGCAGCCCCCACCGCCAGCAAACAGCUGGAUGCUCAAAGAGCCCCGCACGCCCACAACGUUCUUCAACAGUCCAGGGAGUCGUCCAAGCUGCCUCGAUCGCAAGGCAUCAGCGUGCUGAUCUGCCCCCGGCCGGAGAACGUGGAGGGGAGGCGGGAGGCACUGAAGAAGCUGGGACUGCUCAGAGAC